UGAUGUUCGGUGUACUUGCCUAUAACCUAUAUAAAGAACUAGAGAUUUACUACAAGAGAACAACCCUGACCAAUGUGAAUGUUAGAGGAUCCAAACACGAACCAUUUCCCGCAAUUACUCUCUGCAACUUCAGUCCAUUUAACAUGACCCGUCUGAACCCUGAUUCUACCAUGAGAAGCUUCUUCGCCAAGUUAUCUUACCUCCAAGCUGAAGGUGGAAAAGCGAACUGGAGUGAUCCGAAUUUUGGUCCGUUUUAUAGCCAAAAUCUUACCAAGGAAUGGCUGAUGAAUAUAUCUGUAGAUUUAGAUGUGAUGUUGGAAACGUGUAAAUUCGACGGAGUUUCCAAACCAUGUCGACAUUACUUUAAACCUGUGAUCAUGGAUACUGGCAUAUGUUUUACGUUCAACUCGGAUCACCAGCAUACCAGAAAAACCAAGUUAUGGGGCGCCGAAGCAAACCUAAACAUGCAAAUCUUUUUGGAUCAGAAGAAUUAUAUGUAUAGCCCAAAUAUGGAAGCAGGUGUUAAGGUCAUAGUUCACGAUCCUCACAUAACGCCGACAGCAGAUUCGCCAAGCGUCCUGGCAGCUGGUGGAAUGACAACUCAUAUUGGUAUACGCAAGACACAGUACAAAUUUCUUCCGGAACCCUUUAUUGCCUUUGGUGAUCGUCCAUGUAUUGAUACGGACGCUAAAGGCUUUGUGAAUCCUCUAGAACAUAAAAACGAUUCGUAUACAUUCGAGAAAUGUAUGAGUGAAUGUCGAGCUAAACAUCUGUACAGGAAAUGUGGCUGCUUCGGCUUAUCAGAUUCAGUUUCAGGUCCGUAUUGUUCUCUAAAGCUAAAAGAAAGUUGUUAUUUGCCUGAAUAUUAUGCGAUAUAUUUGAACCAGACAAUCAGAGAAUCCUGUGAUUGUUAUAUGCCAUGCGCGUUUGAUAUGUAUACAACUAAAGUAUCGUCCACUACCUAUCUAUCUGAUCUGUAUCUAGAUUACAUGAAAGAAAAAUUGAACCUGAACAGUACAGAUUAUAUUAGAAAGAAUUAUCUAAGCCUGAGAGUAUAUUAUGAAGACCUUUUAGUACAAGUUAUAGCACAAAGCCCUGUUUACACACCUGAAACCAUUCUAGGUAGUCUUGGUGGUCAUAUGGGACUCUGGAUGGGCGCCAGUAUUCUUACAAUUGGAGAAAUUGGCGAAUUCUUAAUAAUGGUGGUCCUUCUUCUUUUUCGCAAACUUUGUGGCAAAUCUAACAAUGAGGUUACCAAAAUUGAUUUAAAGCCUGCGAAUGGAUAAAAAGAGAAUAAUUCCAGAUAUACCCUAAGAGAGCAGUAGGGUAUGGUUUGGGUUUACCUAUAAAUCUCAGACAUUUUUUAAAUUUAACAUUUAACAGUUUUGAUC